UGCAAUUCAAAGCCUUCGCUGUCUACACUUGCAAGCUGCCAGCUGCUCGGCCGGCCAUCGUCCAAGUGGUGGUGGCCAGACCACAAUUGACCCAAGGGAUAUGCCCAUACCUCCUCUGUCUACCCUUCUUUUAGCUGGCUGGGCGUACCUCCAUUUUUACCAGCAUGGUUUUCACGUCUCAGCUCUGAAUGGUCUGCACCAGGCCAUGACUUGCGAAUUGAGUGGAGGAAAGAUUGAGCGGUCCAAGUCGAUAGGACUGCGUCUAGACUCUUGUGUCCCCAUGAAUGCCUCAGAAUUCGGUCUGGUCACUGCGGCCUUCACUGUCGGUGGACUGCUCGGAGCCAUAUCUGCGGAUAGCGUCACUCGAAGAUCUGGUCGUGUGCGGACGCUACAGAUCGCCUCGCUGCUUUUUGCCAUGGGCUCAUUUUGCAUCGGUACAGGCAACUCAGUCUCUCGCUUGAUAGUCGGACGUAUCCUAGCUGGAGGCGGCUCAGGUCUGUCUUCAGUUACUGUUCCGCUCUAUCUCGCGGAACUAGCCCCGAGUCUCCGAGGUGUCCUUUCCAUUCUCGCUCAACUAAGCGUCAACUGUGGAAUUCUUACGGGCCAACUCGUCUCUUUCCCUUAUGCUCAACCUCUUCUGUGGCGUCAGGCCAUGUUGGUUCCUAUAUGCCUAUCAGGACUCCAGAUGCUGGGUUCAACGAUCGCGCUCCGAGCUGGAAGACGGAGAAUGGCAGAAAUCAGGGAGAAACAGUUGUUCGAGAUCGAGGACGCAACAAUGGACCUGGAUGAUGAUCAAGACAGUGUGGCCCCUCUUGGCGUUAUGGAGAUCAUAUCGUCGACGGACCCAUACAUCAAGCGGGGCUUCAUAAUCGUCCUCGUCACUCAGAUGAGCCAGCAACUGUGUGGCAUCACACCAGUCAUGUCAUUCAGCACGCGAAUCCUCACUCCCGUCUUCAAGGCAAAUUCCAGAUACAUUGCCACUCUCAUGCUGAUCCCCAAGCUUCCAAUCACACUGAUUCCAGCAUUUCUGCUGAAGCGUGUCCCGCCCAAAGAUCUCCUGCGGUACUCUUGCUACUGUACUGCUGGGUCCGCGUUGGUGCUGGCUAUAGGUCUCAAUACCAAUAUCUCCUCUUUAUCCAUACUGGGCAUCUCCGUCUUCGUUUCCGCAUUCUCGAUCGGCUUGGGUCCAGUCACCAUAGUCGUUCUGAGCGAGGUGCUACCCCCUCAUGCAAGGACAGCAGCUGGAUCCAUCGGAGUGGCUCUGAAUUGGUCUACGAGCUUUGUCAUGGCUUCCAUCUUUCUGCCAUUACAAGAGGCUCUUAAGACUGGCCCGGAAUCUGGAGAUGGCAACAUCUUCAUGUUGAUCUUCCCUAUCUGUCUCGUGGCCUCUGUGGCCAUCACGUCGAGUUAUAGAGCCCUGGAGAGGAUAUCUAGGGUAUAGAUCAUACAAUGUUGUACAUUCAUAUGUAGGAGCAAGUCCGAUGGAGCGGACUUCGGAUAUUAAGCUUGAGCAGAACCAUG